GUACAGCAAUCAAAUAACUACAAUAGAGCUAGGAUCAUUUCAAGACCUUCCAGCGCUUAACUUUUUAGAUUUGAGCAGUAAUCAAAUAACUACAAUACAGGAAGGAACAUUUCAAAACCUACCAGCUCUUAACACCCUAAUAUUAGCCAACAACCCACUGGAUUGCUGUGACUGUGAUUUGGAGAAUCUCAAGCUGUAUUUACUCAACAAUACACACUUGUUGGGUGCAUCUGCGACAUGUCAUGGCACAACAACCUUUGUAUAUGAUAUUAACUUCACCGACUGUGCAGACUCAACGGAAUCUACAAUGCCACAAUCCACAAAGAUAACAACUGGAGGAGAAACAGAAAGCACAACAGACAAACUAACAACAGAAAUCAUAACAAGUGAGUUAACAACAGAAGGUACACCAGCGGUACAAACAGCAGAAAACACCACAUAUAUGUUAACAACUGAAAUCAUAACAGGAGAGUUAACAACAGAAGGUACAACAGCGGUACAAACAGCAGAAAGCACAACGUUUGUAUCGACAAAAGAGAUCAUGACAGUGGCAUCAACAAAAGAGAGCAUAACAGUGACAUCAACAAAAGAGAUCACUACAGUGGUACCAACGAGAGAAAGCACGACAGUCGCAUCAACGAAAGAGAGCACCACCGUUGAAUCAAAGAAAGAGAGCACAACAGUGGCAUCAACGAAAGAGAUCAAUAUAGUGGUAUCAACGAAAAAGAGCACACCAGUAGCAUCAACAAAAGAGAACACAACUGACACAAUAGCUACUCUUUACAAUACUAAUGAUCCAAUAAUAGUCGGAAGUGUUGGAGCUUUUAUUGCAAUUAUGUCUCUCGUUGGAGCAGUGUUUGCUACCUGUCUGAUCUUAAACAGAUUGAAUUUGAAGAAAGAAACAAGGAAAGAAUUAUCUGACAGUUUUGAUAGGAGGCGAUUUCCAGCUAUGCCACUACGACAUGGGGGGCAUAUCAGUUGGUAUUAAAAUAGCGUCCUUGAUUAUGCCAUACUGACACAGCAUCCAUGUCUACAUGUUACCAACACCUAGUAGAUAUGUUAUGGCAUUGGCAAAUUGUCUGUAUUUUUUAAGUAUUUGCUGAUAAACCAUGCUAAACGUUUAUCACAUUGAUGGAUAAAUUAUCACUUGUAAAUAGGUAAAAAAAACAUAAAUUACGAGUUUGACAUUGACACACUGGUUAUGGAUAUCAGUAUUGUGUUAUUUUAUAUCCUUGAAUUGUCAAUAACCAUUG